GGCUGCUUCAGGACUUGAGAAACCACCAGGGGAGAGAGAGGGGGCGAAACCCAGAGGGAGGAAUUGCCAGGGAAACAAAAGGCCCUGAGAUGGUGAGGAAAAGCAAGUCAGCAGAGUGAAGAGCCCUGGAGGGAGGAAGCACUGGAAGCUCCCUCAGAAGUUGAGGUUCAGAGAAGACAAUGAAGACACGCAUGUGCACAAAUAGGGUCGGGCAGACAGAGGAAGCUGCAGCAGAAGCAGCACUUACUUUGUGACUGACAUUGCUGGACCCAGAGGAAUACAGAAAACAUACAUGACGUAUCCUGACCCUUACAGAGCUGACUGACCUGUUGAUACCUGGGAAAGCUGUUUUCUCACCUGAGUUCCUAUUUCCCAAGGUGUCUCAAUGUUGCUGGGUGGCCCAUCUGGCUGGCCAGCCCUGCUCUCUCUGCUUUUGGCAGCCGUGAUGUCUUUUUUCUGCUCAGCCAUCUCCAUAGAUGAAGCACGAAAGCAGCUGUUAAUGAGAGAGAAGAUGAUGCAGUUGGGGGGACAGCUGGUGCUGAAGAAAGAAGAGGAGCUGGCCAAUAAGAGGCUCAUGGCCCUCAAAAAGGCUGAAAUGAAGCAGUUCAUGAAGACCCACGUUCCACCCAGCAUGCACUUUUUCCAGGCCAAGAAUCUCAUUGAGAAAAGUGAGGUGUUUAAUAUCCUGAAGAAGAUGCCAAAAGGGGCUGCCUUGCAUGUCCACGACUUCAGCAUCACGAGUAUGGACUGGCUGGUGAAAAUGUCACCUACAGGCCCCUGCCAUUUCUGUCUCACGCCAAAUGGGACCCUGAUGUUCAAAUUUGCUCACCCCACUCCCCCACCCCAGCAAUGUUCAGAGUAUUUGUUGGAGAAGUAUCGAAAGGGGCUGCAGAACGUCACUGAGUUUGACAACAGUGACCUCCUGAGGAAUUUCACUCUGAUCACCGAGAACCCCGAGGUGACUUAUGCAAACCAAGAUGUCGUCUGGUCCAAGUUUGAAACCAUCUUCAUUACGAUCUCUGGCCUUGUCAGCUAUGCACCGGUGUUCAGAGACUACAUCCUGCAGGGCCUGGAGGACUUCUGCCAGGACAAUGUCUUCUACCUGGAGCUCAGAGCCAUGCUGCUCCCGGUGUAUGAACUGAAUGGGACGAUCCAUAACCAAGAGUGGUCAGUGAAGACCUACAAAGAAGUGGCUUGUAUGUUUGCAAAAAAGCAUCCUGGGUUUAUUGGAAUCAAAAUCAUUUAUUCGGAUCACAGAUUCAAAAAUGUGUCCCUCAUCAUGAAAUCCGUCCAAACAGCCAUGACACUUCGAACCAGAUUCCCCAGGACGGUGGCAGGGUUUGACCUGGUGGGGCGUGAGGACACUGGCUACUCCUUGUACUACUACAAAGAGGCUUUGAUGAUUCCAGCCUCACAAGGCUUCAAACUGCCUUACUUUUUUCAUGCCGGAGAGACAGACUGGCAGGGUACAUCCAUAGAUAGAAACCUUCUGGAUGCCCUCAUACUGAAUGCUACCAGGAUUGGCCAUGGAUUUGCUUUGAGCAAACACCCAGCAGUCUGGACUAACUUAUGGAAGAAGGACAUCCCCAUAGAAGUCUGUCCCAUCUCCAACCAGGUUCUGAAACUGGUGUCUGACUUGAGAAACCACCCUGCAGCUGUCCUCAUGGCCACUGGGUUCCCCAUGGUGAUCAGCUCUGAUGACCCAGCUAUCUUUGGUGCAAAAGGCUUGUCCUAUGAUUUCUAUGAGGCCUUCAUGGGCAUUGGUGGGAUGACGGCCGACCUGAGGACACUCAAACAGCUGGCUAUGAACUCUAUCAAGUACAGUGCCCUGUUGGAUAGUGAGAAAAAAGCUGCCAUGAAAACCUGGGAGGAGAGAUGGAAUAACUUUGUAGCUGAUCUGGCCAGGAGGCCAAAGUGAGAUGACAGCCAUUUAUUAACCCGUUCCUCUGCUUCCCUCCACAAGCUGUCUCCACUUUCUCUAAAUCAUUCUUGAAUCCACUCCAGUAUAGUUUCCGCCUCCAUUUCUUUAUAAAAACUGACCUUGUGAAGGUUAUCAAUGGCCUCCAUGUUACUCAACAUCUCAGGAACACCUUGAUCAGUUGACUGAACUCAUCUUUUUGAAAUAUUUUUCUCUCUCAACCUCAGGAAUAUCAACUUUCUUUUUGGUUUUUAUCCUUUUUCUCUGGCCUGGCAUCUGGGUCCCUUUUCCAGAUGGUCUUUCUCUAUCUGAUCUCUGUGUUGCGUUUUCUCAGCACUUACUCCUUCCUCUCUUCUGUUCUUAUCUCUUUGUUUCUCUCCCCUUCUUUUCUCCUCUUUUCUCACUCAAUACUGUUUUACUAGGUAGCCUCAUUAAUUCUUUUGCUUUUAAAUACCAUUUAUUUGCCGAUGAUUCCCAAAUUUAUUAAUCACUUAGACAGCUCACAGGAAUCUCAGAAACCUACUACGAGCAAUUUUGAAAUCUCAAUCUCUUCCCUUUCAACCUUUCCCUGGUUUUUCCCAUCUUGGUAAGUGGCACCUCCAUCCAUUCCACCCAGUUGCUCAAAGCAGAAAUUUCCAGUGAAAUUCUUCAUACUGCUCUUUCCCUUGCUCCCUACAUCAAAAUGAAUCUUGAAUACAUCCAUGCCUCUCCACCUCUUUUGGCUGAGUUCCAGCAGCUGUCACCUCUUGACUGAAUUACAGUAGCCUUCGAAUUGAGCUCCGCUUUCGUCUCUUUGCCUUUUCCAAUUCACUUUUCACAGAGCAAUGACUUUUUAAAAAUUAAAUUAAUUCAGGGUACUCCAUUGCUUAUAACUCAGUGUACUUACAAAAUUCCAAAUGUCUCAACAGGGCAUAGAGCAUCCUGUUUAAUCUGGAUCCCUUCCAGCUUCAUCCUACACCAGUUGUCUCUAAUGCACCAGACUCUGGCCACACUCUCACUGGUUUUUGUUCCUCAAAUAUCCUAAGCUCUAUCCUGCAUCAGAGUUUUUCUCAUUAUCUCUGCCUGGAAUGUUCUUUCUUUCCACUUUUGUCUAACUAACUCCUGUUCACCCUUUGGGUUUCAGGUUUCAUGUCACUAUCUCAGAAAGGUUUCCCAGACCCUCUAAUCUGUUUUCUCUCAUGGCACCUUGCUUAUUUCCUUCUUAUUACAAUUUGUAAUUUUAUAUUUAUUUCUGUGUUCAUAGUCUUCCUCCCACUAUAAGCUCCAUGUAGGCAGGCACUAAUGAUUAUUUCAUGUACAUUAUAAACCCAGAGCCCAGCUCCAUGCCUCAAACCUAGUCAGGACUCAGUGAACGAUGUGUUGAAUGAAUGGGCUUAACUUGUAUGUAUUGAGCUGGUUGCUAAGACAGGAGGGAGCAGAGCAGAGUUUCCCCAAACAGAAGACCUCAUGUGAUCAGAUUCUGGCUCCUAGCCUGGUCUUUGGGAGAAGGGAGGCAAGAAGCCAUCCCUGUCCUCACUUGACUAAAGAUGUGAAAGAGAAUCAAAGACUUCCUUAAAAGUCCCAAGUGAAUAUCUUCUCAUCCAUCAUCCCUCACCUGCAUCUGAGCUCUUAGGCAACAGCCUACCAUCUCUGCAUGUGUAGUCUAUCACUACAGGCUGAUACCCAGAUGAGACAAGGUGACCUCUAAGAUCUUGUUUAAUUCUGAGGGUCUUUGAUUUAUUGCCUUAACCAAUUCUAGUAGAGAAUGCAUAGGUCCCAACUCAGCUGACUUACAUUUAAUAAAUGGUAAAAAUGGAAUUUAGCAGAGUGGGCUUCUGUAACAAGUUGCCAUGGCUACAGGAGUCUCCCAGGAGAGUAAGGUCUCUGGCCUGGACUGUGUGUGAUCUCUGAUUUGGCAAAAUAAACCAGCUAUAGGCUUGCCUUCUUGCUUGGUUCAAUAGGUUGAGUCCUAGCAGAUAACUAGAAACACCAACAGAACCAGACCCUGAGUUAUGAAGAUCUGGGAAACAAGUUGUAGCCCCCUCAGACCUGAGUAAUGGUUCUUUUUUCUUUUUUUUUAAAUUUAUUGGGGUGACAAUUAUUAGUAAAAUUACAUAGAUUUCAGGUGUACAAUUCUGCAUUACAUCAUCUAUAAAUACCAUCGUGUGUUCA